AUGCCUUAUCGCCCACGACCCAUCGAUGCACGAUCCCUGGGCGCAAAACGUGUUGCUCCGAACCAGGCGAAUGUCAUCCGAGCACCUCAAUUACGACUUCGGCGUGGCACACCCAUUCGAGGCCGACCCGGAGCCACAGGAGGAGCAGCAGGAAGACCAAAUGCCAAAGGCCGUGGAGCCAAUGCAGCAGGCCCCAGACGUCAACGCCGUAGACGUGAUGAUGACGAAGACCCCAGUGAAGGAGGUCGCGAAAACGAUGUGGAGGCUGUAUUCAAAGAAGUACGGGAUGCCUCUAGGCCCAAGACUGUGCGGUACACGCCCGUAACCUACGAUGCGACUACUCUCAAAGAUACUUGGCCAUCUCUACCUACAGGGAAAACUGGAUCAACGGGCACUGUCGUGGAAAGAUUGAACUUGAUGAGUCGUCGGUACGGUCAUGGCUUCGUCUCACCGCAGGAACUAGCCAAAAGACUCUUUGAAGGCGAACGAGUGUUUUUCAGCAGCGAAGAAGAGAAGAAAACCGUCAUGGCAGAAGUCACCCGCCUAGCACAGGAUCGCGCCGACAAAUUGACUCAACGCAAAGGUGACAUGGUUGAACCGGAAGAUUCGAGUUUUGCGUCCAUCAAGGAUGAGGAUAGGAAAGCUCUUGUGGGACAGAUUGUGCGCGGCGAGUAUGAAGGAUGGCAGAAGGGGACUGUGCGUCAUCCGGUACUAGAUGAGGUGCAGAGGCAGCUUUAUAACAACGAGACUUAUCGAAUGACAGGGAAGCAAGCCGAAUUUAUGGGCAAGUUUCAAUCGUUGCUUGCUUCGGUGCAGCGUACUAAGCGGGCGACGCCUUGA